AUAAAUAUGCAUUCUGUAUUUGAAAUCACAAAAGUGAGUGAUUCAAUAAAAUUUCCCUUCUUUGCUUCUGUCAAAGCUAAACUUGUCAGGCCAUGGCUUCAGGGGCAGGAAAAUCAGCAGCAUUUAUGCUUUUGAUACUUAAUGUCUUGCUUUACUUCAUUGUUAUUAUAAUUGCUUCUUGGGCUGUUAAUCAUGCCAUAGUAAGAUCCAAAGAAACAGCAUCAACUCUGCCAAUUCCAGCUAAGAUCUUUCCUAUAUUCUUUCCUUUUGGAAACAUGGCAACUGGUUUUCUCAUCAUAUUUUCACUUAUUGCUGGAGUGGUGGGCUUCAUCACCUCACUUACUGGAAUUCAGAAUGUGAUACAAUGGAAUGCUCCCAAUUUACAUGCAGCUGCUUUCUCUUCUCUCACUACUUGGUUACUCACAUUACUCGCCAUGGGGUUGGCUUGUAAGGAGAUUGAUAUGGGGUGGACUGACUCAAACUUGAGGACCUUGGAGGUAAUAUUGAUAAUAUUGAGCGGGACACAAAUGUUCUGCACUGGUGCAAUUCAUGCUGGAAUUGGAGAUGUUGCUACUCGAGACCUUUAAGCAGAGGAAGAGUUUGAAAAGAUUCCCAAUUUGUUUAUACAGAAGAACCUAUUAUUUUUUCUUUCCCUCUCAUUUUACGCAUCUUUAAGUUUUAAUGUGUGUGUAAUAUGUAUUGAUUUUGUUGUCUUGUCCUUUUCUUAAUGGACUUUGUAAAGAUGUGUUACAUGGUGUUCUUUGUCUUGAGCAGAUUGAAGAAAGAGUUGUUUGAUUUGUUU